AUGGUCCGCUCUGCGACCUUCGAGAUGAUGGGUAGAAGAGAAAUGGGGCGGUACGAUGAUGGUAGGGAAGGGGGCUUCCCGGGUUUGGGUAUGGGGGACUUGGCAUGGGACAGGGCGGUCAGGGUGCGGCGAAUGAAGGGAAAGUACUGCCGAAACAGCUGGAUGAGGUCUCGUAUGAUCGUGGUGAAUGAAGCGUCGUCAGCGUCCGCAGAGGGGGUGAAAGUGCAGACAGUCGUGGUCGUCAUGGUGGUGGUCGUGGUGGUGAGGGUCGCUGCCAGGGUGACGUCCGGGGUGAAGGGGGUGUCGGAGCAGAAGCCAGCUUCGACCGCGCUGACCGUAUUGGCUUCGCUGACCACUACCACCACGACCACCACUACCUGUUCGGCGCCGCUGUCUGCGUCGCGCCUGUCUGGGGCCUAUUUGCCUAUGUCCGAGGACUUAUGGACCUUGUCUCCUCGCGGUCUUUCUGACUCGGACUCCUCCGUGCAGUUGGGCCAGGCCACUCCUACUUCAUCUGGCCGCGCUACUACACCUGACUCCGACGCUGCCCUUGUCUCCUCGGCGGCCGCCCCUCUCGCGCCCAGCUACUCUCCGGGUCCUGGGUUGGUGCUCGGCCCUUCGGAGGCGUUGUCCCAGGAGGUGCUGGACCUGCUCGGCGUACCUGCUCCUGUCUUGCCGCCUACUUCGGGGCCUUCUCUGGUGGUGGAUGCCGCUCCGGCGGCGCCGCUGCCUGUGCCUUCUGACGCCGUGCCUCCGCCUGCCCCCUUGCUGGUGGAUGUAUCACCUGAGGACCGGCAGGCUCCUGUGGUGAGUGCCGCGGCCGACAUGGAGACUGACCGCGUGCGUUUGGGGAAGCGCCGUCCUGGUACCGACCCGCCGCCUUUUCUCUGGGCUGAUGACCCGUUGGACCCGUCGGAUGCUCCUGCUCCUGAUGGGGCCCCGCCUUCCAGCCCGCCGAGUCUUCCCCCCCCCCAAGAUACAGCGGGGGAAGGUUGGCCCUCGUCACCAGCCUAA